AUGACGCAGUUCGAAAUGAAUGCCGCCGGGCCAUUCCUCGUGACGCGUGCGUUGCGGACCAAUCCGCAGCUUGCAGCGAAAACCAACGGUGGCGCCUCCGUCGUGCAGCUCUCGCCAUACCUCGGAAGUAUCGGCUGCUACACGACCGAGACCACGGGCUUCUUAAAGCAGGCUGCGUUUGACCUGCAGCCAAGCGGCAUCGUUGUUGUGUCGGUGCAUCCUGGAUACGAAGACACGGAUAUGACCCAGGGCAAGGCCAUCCUGAAGCCCGAGGACAGCGUGGCGGCCAUGGCCAGUCUUAUCGGCAAGCUAAACCAUGAGAGCACGGGCAAAUUCUUCAACCUAGACCUGCAAAUCCCGUUGGCGGAGCUUCCGUGUCCUGGUUCUGAGGACGAGGCCAAGGCCCAGUGCUUCCGCAGUGUGUCUGGGAGCUCCGUGGAAGGGCACACUCCAGUGCCCAGCGAGCACAGCGUUGACAGCUUGCACUCGCUCGCUAGUGAUCUCGAUGAUCACGACUCAAAGACGCCGGAGCGCUCUGAGAGCCCUGCCGACAAGGGCUCGCCCAAUACUGGCGGCGACGAGGGAGGCAAGCCUCCGAUGAACCUCUUGCUCGCCGAGGGCCUUGAGCGUGCUCAGGCUGCUAAAGCCGCAGCCACUGAGACCCAGCACUCAAAGAAGCGCAUGACGUCUAGGUCUCCACUCCGCGAGGAGAAGGAGACCGAUCCGUACUACACGAUGUUCGACUCCUCGAACGAAGAGGAGGAGGGUGCCAUCGAUGAGCCCCGGGAGAUGACUAAUGAUCUCAACCGGCAGCAAGAAUUCUUCCAGUCUGCCCGGCAAGAACCUGGGGGUUCGGAGGCGACGCAUGUCGGCCAGGGAGCUUCCAUCAACCCGAGAGGGUAUUGGCCUCCCGAGGAGAGCUUUGGAGCCGACCUCUUCUUGGCAGAGCUCAAGGCUCCUCAAGGACCAGUUGUUCACGGACAACGUGGAGGCGGCCCGGUGCGUGCUUUUCACGCAGCACCAGAUCCAUCUGAAGGACUUCACGGCUUGUCGUAA